AUGGUGUUUAUUUCGCUCUAUAUAUGCUUGCUUUGUGCGAAGACAACAUUACAGGAGUUUGGAACACCUGUUGAUACUUGUCUAUCUGCAAAUGAGAGCAACGAAAAGGAAAACGAUUGUGAAAUGUCAAAUACAAAGGAACGAACAUUUAUAUGUAUCAAACCAGAUGCCGUACAACGUGGCUUGAUCGGGAACAUUAUUGAGCGAUUUGAACAACGAGGAUACAAAUUGGUUGCUAUGAAAAUGAUGAAAGCUUCAAAAUCACAUUUAGAAAUACAUUAUCAAGAAUUGCAAGGAAAACCAUUUUUCAAGAGUUUAGUGGAUUACAUGUCAUCCGGACCUGUAGUUGCCAUGGUAUGGGAAGGCCUUGAUGUGGUUAAACAGGGACGGCAAAUGCUUGGCGCCACAAAUCCUCUAAAUUCGAUGCCAGGUACGAUCCGUGGUGAUUUUUCAAUACAAACAGGACGAAAUAUAGUACAUGGUUCAGAUUCAUUAUCUUCAGCAGAACGUGAAAUUGCUCAUUGGUUUAAACCAGAUGAACUCUGUGAAUGGAAUUCAGCAACAGCAACUUGGGUGUACGAAUAG